ACCAUCAUGAGCAUCAAACUCGCCAUACAGGCCGAAUCGAGCUUCUAUCCCGAUCAACAAAUGAUCAUUUAUACGGGUCGAAUACGCGCAGAUGAAGAAACAUUGAGGGAAUGUUCAGUCAUUGAGAACGCCACCUUCCAUUGGAGGACCAAUAUGCAUGGUGCAAAACCGGCAAUCUACCUCUUCUCACCAAUCCAACUCAAUAAUGUCGAUGUGAAGGUUUCUGCCGAGCCGGAUGGCACUCUGGAGGACACCGCCACAGGCGUCAAGUGCAGCUACCUGUUCUGGGAAGCUGAUACCUUUGCCGACCCAUUAUCCGACGUCACGAAGACUCAUGGCUUCAACCCCCAAAAUCCUCUAGCGUACUUUGCCGACACCUACGUCCUCUCCUUCGACGACUUCGUACCCUACCUCGACCGGACCCUCACCAGCCUCGCCCUCACCCCGGCAAUGCGGACCGAGAUGAUUGUAUACUGGCUCCCCAAGUUCCGGUCAAUACGCGACAGGGGCCUUCAGAUCGCAUUCAACUUUAUCCCGCAAACCGAUUUUGAGAGAGCGGCCAAAGGCGUAGUCGGUGGUAAGGACGAAGAUAAUCGUGCGAAACUGGAGAGUUUGGAUUGGCCCAGUAUGGUCGGCAUCGACGUGGACGUGAUGGAGGACCAGGGCAAGUUCUGCGUCAUGGAGUGGGGAGGUAUGGAGGUGAACAUGGAGCUAGCAUGA